AAAGACCAGCACCUUUGAAGGCCACUCCGUGCAAAACAAUGUAGUAUUGAUUUAGUUCAGAGAAAAAAUUCCCGGCCCAAAAACAAAGCUUCACCCAGUUGGCCUAGCAAUCCGCAAAACCCUAGCAACUUCACCCUAACACAGUUGUUCGAUUUUUGCUGUUUAAGGUACGAAGAACAAGGUGAUAAAAAUGGGAUCCAGUGAUCAAACAGUGUUGCAAUUUGCGCCAUCAUCAACAACCUUAUCAGCUAGAGUUCAUCCUUUAGUCAUUUUCAACAUUUGUGAUUGCUAUGUGAGACGACCUGACCAAGCUGAACGUAUAAUAGGCACACUUCUAGGGUCUGUAUUGCCUGAUGGUACUGUUGAUAUUAGGAAUUCUUAUGCUGUUCCACACAGCGAAUCGCAAGAUCAGGUUGCACUGGAUAUUGAUUACCAUCAUAACAUGUUGUCGUCUCAUCAGAAGGUGAAUCCAAAGGAAGUGAUUGUUGGAUGGUUUUCUACUGGUUUUGGAGUCUCUGGUGGUAGUGCUUUGAUCCAGGAGUUUUAUUCUAGAGAAACCUCAAAUCCUAUACAUUUGACUGUUGAUACUGGAUUUCAAAACGGGGAAGCUUCUAUAAAAGGCUUUGUCUCUGUGCAUUUGUCUCUUGGAGAUCAGCCACUUGCUGCCCAAUUCCAGGAAAUUCCAUUGGACCUACGCAUGGUUGAAGCUGAAAGGGUUGGAUUUGAUAUGCUCAAGACAACAACCGUGGACAAACUUCCCAAUGAUCUUGAAGGAAUGGAAGCAUCAAUGGGGCGACUACUUGCUCUGAUUGAUGAUGUCCACAAAUAUGUUGAUGAUGUUGUGGAAGGACGUCUACCUCAGGAUAACAAAACAGGAAGAUUCAUAGCUGAUACUGUGGCUACAAUUCCUGAACUCUCACCUCAAGCCUUUGAUAAGCUUGUGAAUGAUGGUCUUCAGGACCAAUUGCUUUUGCUGUAUUUGGCAAGCCUCACGAGGACUCAACUCAGCUUUGCAGAAAAGUUGAAUACUGCUGCUCAGAUCCUGUGAUUGAUGAUCAUUUUGUUCUCUUGUAAUGCAAGGCCAAAUUUUUGCCCGGGUGACUGAUGUCUAGUUUUACUUUUCACAACACAGCCAAUCCUCUUGAUAGAUGGGGCCUGGGGGUCAUGGGUUUCAAGAAUUAUACAUUAUUAUUGGCAAUGUAGUUUACAUGUUACCCUCCCCAGACCAUCCCCAGACCCCAAGAUGUGGGAUUUCACUGGGCUGUUGUUGUUAAUGUAGUUUACAUGUCCUUUAUUUGGUGGGGCGUUGGACUUGGACUAGACUGACAAUUUGUAGUGCUAGAGAGGCUCAGAGUACUUAAUAGUUUAGAGGUCAUAGGCGUAAGGAUACAGCAUGUAUCCAUCUUUUUGUAGUUGGCUUUCAUCGCAUUAAGCUCAGUAAUAGUAGUUAAAUGACUUCUUCUAGUGAUGGCUAUAUUUAUCCUUGGAAUGUACUUAUUAACGGAAAUUUCCAGUA